UGUAAGGAUGAAUACCGAAACAAAGCCCUAAAACAGUUGCAUUUCAUUGCAGCAGCAGCAGUUACCAAAAACUCAAUUUCAAAAAAAUGGCAUCCCUUGCUCUUCUCCGUCCUUGCACAUUCCACCACACCCACAAGCCUUCCACCCAAACCCUCAAACCAAAACCCAAUUCCCUUUCAUUCUCACCCUUAACACCACCCCCCUCAAAACUCAAACUCCGAAACGCCGUCGUUAAAGCCAACCUAUCCUCACCCGCACCACCGGAACGGUUAAUCUCAAUCGCCGCAUACACACUCCCAUUCUUCAAUUCCCUCCAAUACGGCCACAACAUCCUCACACAAUACCCUAAAUUCGCACUCCUCUUCGAUCCAAUCAUUCCCUUCCUCUCCUUCUAUAGAUCCCUCCCUUACGCUUCGUUUGUGGCAUUCUUUGCUCUUUAUUUGGGGAUAGUGAGAAACCCUAGCUUCCCUCAGUUUGUUAGAUUCAACGCUAUGCAAGCACUCACGCUCGAUGUUCUACUGGUGCUUCCGCUUCUGUUUCAGAGGAUCUUCUCUCCUGGUAGAUAUGGAUUGGCGUUUAAGGUUAUGGUUUGGUCUCACAAUGUGGUGUUUGUUUUCAGUAUUCUCUGUUUUGUUUAUAGUGCUUUGUCUUGUCUUUUGGGGCGUACUCCUUACUUGCCUUUUGUUGCUGAUGCUGCUGCCAGACAAAUCUGAAUUUCAUUUCUAUGUUUUUUUAGUGUUUUAUUGUAUUAUUAUAAACACACACUCUCUUUUGCUUUACUAUGUUACUUGAUUGAUUGAAUGAAUGAAUACAGUUAGGUGUCGUUUUCAA